UAACUAAGCUUAUUGUGUACUCACCAUUAUUUUACGAGUCCAGCCCAUUUUGAUGGUGUAGAUUUUCUCUGACUGUACCGGCUGUGGACAUUUUUUACUUGUUUUAUGAACGGGCAGGCCCUUUAAAGGACAUAAACACCUCACAAAGAUUUCAAUUGUAACUAGAGAGCGACAAAUAUCCUGUGUGGCAAAUACUACAGGCAGUAACAAUCGGAAAUCUAUUUAACACAUCAGAAGACACAUUAGCUGAACAAAUUGAGGAGAUUGUGAGGAAGGCCCGAGUCUCAACAACUUAACCAUUUUGCCUUGCUACUGAGAGGACGCCAUUUUUUAUAAUCAAUGCGCCUUAAUAAACGAUAACCAUGGUUGUUCUCACAAGAGGAGAUUAUGUGUGGUUGGAAGACCCACGUAAAGAAAAUAAAAAGUCCAACGAUGUUCCCAUCGGUGCUCGCGUCAAGAUUGCUGAUUCCGGUCAGCUCCAGCUCCAGGAUGAUGAGGGCAAGGAUCAUUGGAUGUCGUCUGAGGUUGCACAGAAGCUUCGGACAAUGCACAUUACAUCCGUAGAAGGCGUCGAGGACAUGAUACGCUUGGGUGACCUCCACGAAGCCGGUAUCUUGCGUAAUCUGUUAAUCAGAUAUCAAAAUAACUUGAUAUAUACAUUCACCGGAUCAAUUCUAGUUGCUGUGAACCCCUACCAGAUCCUUCCUAUCUACACAGGCCAACAAAUCACAGAGUACAAGGACAAGAAGAUCGGCGAGAAACCACCGCACAUCUUCGCCAUUGCCGAUAAUGCUUACUGUCGUAUGUUGCGAGAGUUGCAUAACCAGUGUGUUAUCAUCAGUGGUGAGAGCGGAGCUGGUAAAACAGAGAGCACCAAACUCAUCCUACAAUUUCUUGCAGCUGUUAGUGGACAGCACUCAUGGAUUGAGCAACAGAUCCUUGAGUCAAACCCCAUCCUAGAAGCAUUUGGAAAUGCCAAGACCAUCAGAAAUGACAAUUCAAGUCGAUUCGGAAAGUAUAUCGACAUACACUUCAACCAGCAAGGUGCCAUAGAGGGCGCUCAAAUUGAGCAGUACCUUUUAGAAAAGUCGCGAAUCAUUGGGCAACUUGAUGAGGAGCGCAAUUACCACAUAUUCUACUGUAUGCUCGCUGGUAUGACCUCACAAGAGAAAUCACAGCUUGGCCUAACAAAGGCGGAAGAUUACUAUUACCUUACGCAGGGUAAUUGUCUGACUUGCGAGGGACGUGAUGACAUCAAGGAUUUCGCAGACAUUCGGUCUGCUAUGAAAGUUCUUAACUUCAGUGAUGGUGACAUUUGGGAGCUGUUGAAACUUCUAGCAGCCAUUCUGGAAUUUGGAAAUAUUGAAUACGAUGCCAUUGAAACAUCCAACUUAGAUGCCGUUGGAUUCAGAAGUCACAAACAAACUGAUGCAGUUUCACAGAUUCUUCAGGUGAAUCUUGAAGCUUUGGAGAAUGCUUUAUCAACAAAGAAAACCAUCGCUGCGGGCGAAGUCGUUGUAUCACCGGUUAACAAAGCCAAAGCCAUUGACAUGCGAGAUGCCUUCGUCAAGGCCAUAUAUGGCCGCAUGUUUAUCUGGGUCGUUGAUAAAGUAAAUGAUGCAACAUUUCGGGCCAAAUCUAAUGUAAAGGAUGUUAGGGUCAGCAUUGGUGUUCUGGAUAUUUUUGGAUUCGAGAAUUUUGGUAAAAACAGUUUUGAACAGAUGUGUAUCAACUAUGCAAAUGAAAAUCUCCAACAGUUUUUUGUUCAACAUAUCUUCAAGCUUGAACAGGAAGAGUAUGAAAGAGAAGGUAUCCAGUGGCAACACAUCCAAUUUGUGGACAACCAAGAAACACUGGACAUGAUCGCAGUCAAACCACUCAACAUUCUUGCUCUGGUGGAUGAAGAGAGUCGCUUCCCAAGGGGAACGGACAAGACCAUGUUGCAGAAGUUGAACAAUCAGCAUGGCAAAAACCCCCUCUACAUGAAAGCACGCUCUGCUGCUGGAACUCAGUUUGGAAUCAACCAUUUUGCUGGACAGGUGUUUUAUGAAACAGUUGGAUUCCUGGACAAGAAUAGGGAUACAUUUAGCCCAGACUUCUUGGAACUCAUCCAGAAGGGUGGAAACAGCUUCCUCAAGAUGCUGUUCAAAGCUGACUUUGCCACCAGCCGUGACCAACGAAAGUCGUCACUAGUGGCAAAGUCUACACUUGGAGCUCAGUUUAAGAAGUCGCUUGACUUAUUGAUGAAGACACUAAAUGCUUGCCAACCAUUUUUUGUGCGCUGUAUCAAGCCAAAUGAAUUUAAGAAACCAAGUUUUUUUGAACGUGAACUUGUUGUGAGGCAGCUCCGUUACUCUGGAAUGAUGGAGACCAUUAGCAUUCGUCGAGCUGGCUAUCCCAUUCGUCACACAUUCUAUGAGUUUGUUGCUAGAUACAGGAUACUCGGAACUGGAAUAAAACCAGCGCACAAAGAAAAUUGUAGGGCAGCCAGUAAGACAAUCUGCACAGAUAUGUUAGGAGGACAGGACUGGCAGUUAGGCCAUCAAAAAGUAUUCUUAAAGGAUGCUCAAGAUUUACUGUUAGAGCAGGCAAGGGACCGAGCCUUAGCUGAGAAAUGUAUCAUCAUCCAGAAGGUAGUGCGCGGAUGGUUCUACCGUAAACGCUACAUUGCCAUGAGGAAGAGUGCCAUCUACAUUCAACGUUGCUGGAAGAAGUUUGCACAACGUGUGCGGUUUUUAAAGAUGAGAAAAGGUUUCCUGAGGUUGCAGGCAUGCAUUAGGUCCAGAACACUUUCCUACAAGUUCCACUUUAUACGCUACAGAAUUGGGCUUUUCCAGGCUUAUUGCCGUGGUUACCUAGUACGUAGAGAACACCGCAAAUACAUUGGUAGUAUUGUCAAGAUUCAAUCUGGUUUUAGAAUGUUGCUGGCAAGGAAUCAGUAUCUGAAAAUCAGAAAUGAGCACCGUAGAAGAAAGGAAGCAGAAAAGUAUAGAAAGAAGAUGGAAUCACAGUUAAAGAAACAAAUGGGAUCAAAGAAAGCAAAAGAAGAAUCCCAAAGACUGAUGCAGGAACAUCUUAAAGAGCUGGAGAGAAAAGAUGCUGAUGCUGAUUUACGAAGAAAACGAGAACGACUUGAUAAUAUUGCGAAGAUAGCAGAAGCAGAGAAGCGAAGGAAUCGCGAUAUCAGUGAUGAGCACCUAGUGGACGAGGUCUUCGGUGAGAUACUCAACGAAGAUAACAGUGGCCAAGCUCCAGUAGGGUUUGAGGACUUGGAGAGGUCACGAAAGGAAGCCAUUGAAAGAGGCCCAGAUGAUCCAAAUCAACGACUGCCUGUACCAGAUCUGGAGGAAGACAUUUCAGACUACAAGUUUGCCAAAUUUGCUGCCACCUACUUUCAAGGCGGUGCCACAGCAACAUACGUCAGAAAGAAGUUAACUGAUCCACUACUUGAUCUGAAAAAUGAUGGCGAUCGAAGUGCUGCUUUGGCUGUCUGGAUAACAAUUCUAAGGUUUAUGGGUGAUCUACCUGAACCCAAAGCACACGCAUCAUUGGCCGAUAGGGAUGGCAAAUCAGUUAUGACCAAGAUUUACAAUACUCUGGGCAGAAGCAGAGGUCAAAAGGAACUCGCACAGAUGUCUGAUGAUGUGGCACGAAGUCUGCAUGGAGGAAACAAAAUGUCCAUGUCAGGGUCUCAACGGAAGAGCACUGUUCGGAAAAAACUUGUGUCCUUGACGCUCAAGAGGAAGUCAAAGAUCUCACAGGAUGUUGCAGAAAGAAUUCGAGAUGGAGAAGAGAUAGACAUCGAUCACAGCAUGAUCAUCGACCGACCAACAUCUAAUCUUGAGAAACUUCAUUUUAUCAUUGGUCAUGGCAUCCUGAGACCAGAACUCAGAGAUGAAAUAUACUGUAUGAUCUGCAAACAACUGAGUGGCAACACUGCCAAGGGGAGUCAUGCGAGAGGUUGGAUUUUGCUCUCACUUUGUGUUGGAUGUUUUGCUCCCACAGAUCGGUUUGUGAAGUAUCUGCGUUGCUUUAUUAGUGAAGGCCCACCAGGGUAUGCACCGUACUGUGAGGAGCGCCUAAGGAGGACUUUCGCUAAUGACACCAGGAACCAACCCCCAAGUUGGUUGGAGCUACAGGCUACUAAAUCAAAGAAGCCAAUCAUGUUACCCAUAACCUUUAUGGAUGGCACAACAAAAACUCUGCUAGCAGACUCCGCGACAACAGCACGUGAACUGUGUACGAUGUUGGCAGAGAAGAUCGGCCUUAAAGAUCAAUUUGGGUUCUCCCUCUACAUUGCUCUUUUUGAUAAGGUUUCCUCAUUAGGUAGUGGUGGGGAUCAUGUUAUGGAUGCUAUCUCCCAGUGUGAACAGUAUGCAAAGGAACAGGGUGCCCAAGAACGUAACGCACCAUGGCGUCUGUUCUUCCGUAAGGAGAUCUUUGCCCCAUGGCAUGAUGCACGUGAAGAUCCUGUUGGCACAAACCUCAUCUACCAGCAAGUUGUGAGAGGAAUCAAGUUUGGUGAAUACAGAUGUGAUCGGGAUUCUGAUUUGGCUGCAACAGCUGCUCAACAAUAUUACGUAGAGUACGGUCCUCAAAUGGUGAUGGAUCGUUUGAUUGGUCUACUGCCGAUGUAUAUUCCAGACAGCGCAAUGACAGGCUCAAAAACGAUUGAACGAUGGGCUGACAUGGUUCGACAAGAACACAGAAAUAGUUAUUAUGUGCGGGAUAAUGUCCAGGGAAUGCGUGUAAAGGAAGAUGUCGUUGACUAUGCUCGCUUCAAAUGGCCGCUCCUAUUUUCAAGAUUCUAUGAAGCCUAUAAAUUCUCUGGACCAAGUCUGCCAAAGAAUGAUGUGAUCGUUGCAGUUAACUGGACAGGGGUGUAUGUGGUGGAUGAUCUGGAACAGGUGUUACUGGAGCUGUCUUUCCCUGAGAUAACACAGGUUUCUAGUAGCAGAACGGGUAAACUUCAUGGUCAGAGUUUCACUCUGUUAACAGUCAAGGGCGAUGAAUUUACAUUCACCUCAUCAAAUGCUGAGGACAUCCGAGACCUCAUUGUGGGAUUCCUUGAGGGACUGAAGAAAAAGUCUCGUUUUGUUGUCUCUUUGCAGGACAACCCCAGUCAAGGCGAAGGCUCGUCUUUCCUUAGUUUCCAGAAGGGAGACUUAAUCAUACUAGAACAUGAGAAUGGUGAUUCCGUAAUGAACAGUGGCUGGUGCUACGGCGAGAAUGACCGGACAGGCAAGAAAGGAGACUUCCCUGCUGACUGUGUAUAUGUUCUUCCAACCAUGACCAAACCACCCCGGGAAAUAGUGUCUCUUUUUACGAUGGACAGAAGUCAAAUAUCCGAGAGAUUGAUGACAGCAUCAGAGAUGGCUAUCAGCAGUCAGGACUCACCAGAAAAACCCCACACCUUAGAAGAGUUUGCUAUUGAUCACUUCAGGCCACCUCCGAAACGUACAUUGAGCAAAGCUGUGAGGUCUUUAAGAGGGCGCACUCAAGAUGACCUUUGGAGUCACAGUAAAGAGCCAAUCAGGCAACCACUUCUGAAGAAGCUAAUGAGUAAUGAUGAAUUAGCAAGAGAGUCUACAGAAGCUUUUCUAGCUAUCAUGAAGUAUAUGGGAGACUAUCCAACAAGAAGGGAUUACAGACACGGCAAUGAACUCACAGAUCAAAUCUUUGAGGGCGCCUUGAAGAACGAGCCUUUACGUGAUGAGAUCUUUUGUCACAUAAUAAAGCAGCUGACCGGUAACAAAAUAAAAUUCAGUGAGGAGCGAGGCUGGGAACUCAUGUGGUUGAUGACUGGCAUCUUUGCCUGUAGUCAGACGCUACUUCCAGAUGUCACUAAAUUCCUGCGUUCAAAGCGCCACCAGUUGGCCAUGGACUGUAUACACCGCCUGCAGAAGACCAUCCGAUAUGGACAACGUAAAUAUCCACCACAUCUGGUGGAGGUAGAAGCAAUCAUCCACAAGACAACACAAAUAUUUCACAAAGUUUACUUUCCAGAUGACACCGAUGAGGCAUUUGAGGUUGACUCUGGUACACGAGCAAAAGAUUUUUGCCAGAAUAUCUCUCAACGUCUUCGUCUGAAGUCUGCAGAGGGUUUCAGCUUAUUUGUGAAGAUUGCAGACAAAGUUAUUAGUGUACCAGAAGGUGACUUUUUCUUUGAUUUUGUGAGGCAUUUGACUGACUGGAUCAGAAAGGCUAGACCCAGUAGGGAUGGAACAAUGCCAGUUCUAACCUACCAAGUAUUCUUCAUGAAGAAACUCUGGACCAACACUGUACCUGGUAAAGAUCCAAAUGCAGACUGCAUCUUCCACUAUCACCAGGAGCUGCCAAAGCUUCUCCGCGGCUACCACAAGUGCAGCAAGGAUGAGGCAGCACAGCUAGCUGCACUUCAGUACCGUGUCCGGUUUGGCGAUGACAAGUCUGAGUUCCAAAACAUCCCAAGAGUCAUGAAGGAACUUCUGCCGGCAGAUCUGAUCAGACAGCAGUCACCAGAUGACUGGAAAAGAAUGAUUGUUGCAGCAUACAACAAACAUUCGGGGAAAUCCAGAGACGAAGCAAAAGUGGCAUUCCUUAAAAUUAUCUACCGUUGGCCAACAUUUGGUUCAGCAUUCUUUGAAGUCAGGCAAACAACGGAACCAACUUAUCCCGAGAUAUUACUGAUAGCUAUUAACAAACUAGGGGUUAACCUUAUUGAUCCCAAGUCAAAGGAAACACUUGCUACUUAUCCAUUCACCAAGAUAUCCAAUUGGAGCAGUGGAAACACUUACUUCCACAUGACCAUCGGCAAUCUUGUGCGCGGGACCAAGCUUCUGUGUGAAACAUCACUUGGUUACAAGAUGGAUGAUCUUCUGACGUCAUACAUCAGUCAAAUGCUGACGAACAUGAACAAACAAAAAUCAGCAGCGAAGUAAACUCUAUAGGAUUAAUAGAAAUAGAAAAUAUAGCAGGAUGAUGAGCUUAUAUUAUGUGUGGAAAAAAAAAGAGAAAAGAAUGAUAGUGUUGAAUGUUUACCUUGAUUCUAAAAAAAUUUUUUGUUAAUUUUGAGAUUAUAUAUUAUUGCAUCAGAUACAAUCACUAAUGGUUGACAUUCUAAAGUUAUAAUUUUGGCAAGCCUGCUGUAAUCCUUGUAUGAAUAAAAUAAAAUCUUGAGAUGUGCAUUAUGUGAUUGGCUGUGAUGCUGGUUAUAGCCUUUAUUUCAUACUCUAUGUAUAUAUUAUACAGUAUGACCACUUCUGACUUCCAGUGAUGGUUUAUCUAAGUGUAAUAUUAAGCCAACUAAUUUUAACCUGCAAUAAAAGACCUAAACCUUGAGAAGUUUUAUAAACUCAGGUCAACUGAAGUUCAUUGACCCUGAAGAUAUAUUUUGUAGCUGCUAACGAAAACAAAUUAGUACUCGGACAUAGAUUAAAUUUUAAUGUAAUAGCAGAAUGAUGCCUUGGUGAAUAAUAUUAAUGCCUGGAUAUAUUUUAUAAGUACUGUAAGAGUAUUGUGCUGUAUUAAACUGCUGUAAGGUAAAACAUCAUUAUUGUCUUCCAUAUCAUAAUAGUCAUGUAAAUCAUGGUAUAAUAGGCACUUUAACCACUAGGCCAGUGUGACUUUAUUUGGAAGCAAUUUUCUUCACCAUGCUUGCUUGAAACAGUACUACAGUAAUUCUUCAUGAAUUCGAGCAGAAAAGAGAUAAAUUUGAUACAUUCUUACGUUAAGUAUUGUUGCAAAUAAGACAGGAUCUCAAAUAAGUACAGCUAUGGAAAAUAUAAAGAGUGUAUAUUAUGGCAUAAUAUAAUGUAGAUAUAACACAUUCCACUUAUAUUUUGUAUUAUGAUUCAUGUGAAAUUAUGGUUUAUAAUCAUUUAAUAUAAUUAAAAGGAAGAAUUGUAGUAUUAAGUUCAGUAUAAGUGCAGAGAUGUUGGGCCAUUUCAAAACCUUGCAACUUUUUUUAUGUGUCUUACUAGUUUAAUAUCUCAGGUUAUACAUUUUACAACAUCAAAAUGUUCACAAGUAUUGGUGUUGGACGAUUGUACUAAUUCUAAAUAAUAGAAUUUUUUUAUUUUGGAUUUUUGUAUGAUACUCCAAAAAUAUAUAUAUAAUUUUCAUGUGGUAACAUGAAAAAGCUGAUUUGUUAAGUUGUUUAUAUGCCUUAAAUAUUGAAGAAAGUUUUUUUUAAAAAAACAUUUAUAUAAUUAUGAAGAAAUCAUUUGACUUGUUUAAGUAUUUAUUAGAUUGUAGUACUUUGUAUCAAUUUAAAAUAAGCUUAUUGCAUUCCAUGUAAAUGAAAUCCAUUAUUUUUCUACUUUGUUUAAUAUUCUGGACUUAUAUAUAAAAGUGUAGUUUUUAAUGUAUUUAUCCCAAUGGAUUUCAAAUAAAAAGUAUUUGCUUAAAUUAUUUGUUACAUAAUCGGUGUGUGGUUCCUUGAAUUCCAAUACAUAUCACCUUGUUUUGUUAAUCCAUAUUUUAUAUUUGUAUAAUAGGUUUAGUAUUGUACUUCUAUUUGUAUAAAUGGAAAAUUUAAAAUGACAUUCAGGAUAACAGUGCCUCUAGUAUGAUAUAAUAUGUAUAUAUAAUUACCAUUACAUGUAUAUAUAUGGACGUAUGUAUGUAUACGCUGUGUAUCAUGUUGAUUUAGCGUAUCAAUUCUUAAUAUUUUUGAAUACAAACUUUAUGUUUAAUCAUAUUAGGCUAGUAAAUCCGACUGUUGUGAUAAUUUUGAUUGGUUGAGUAAUUUGUUACUUGGCUGGUGCCUAUGCUUGGACUUGUGGUUAUUUAACAGGCUACAUCAACCAGCCUAGUGGGUUUCCAAGACAAGCAGACAAGUAAAUGUGUGUUAGGCAAUCUUACAUAGUUGUGCCGAAAUUGAAAUUGUCAAGAGUAAGUUGAUAAUUAUUUAUUGUAUUUAUUAUGAAUUCAUAUUAACUUAGUUUACUUCUACAUGUAAUUGUCAUACUUAACUAGCUACCUAGUUCUACAAAUCAUUGAGAAUGCAUUUUCUCAUAAUUUUCAAAAUAGAUUCGUGAUAACCACCUGGUUCAAUACUAUACCUUAGGGCUAUACGAUUAAUUUAAAAUCUUCUUGGUAUGAUCUGUUGAUUUUUUUUUUAAGGUUUUCGAGAGAAUUCAAAAGACGGAAGAAUCAGUUGAUUUUUUUUUAAGGUUUUCGAGAGAAUUCAAAAGACGGAAGAAAACUAUCCUUGACAGUCAAUUGUCAUUAAAAAAUAUAGUCACCAUUAUACAAUAGCAGCCUAUUGUGGUGGAUUAAUAAUGAGCGCUUCUACUAUACGAGGCAGUUAGUACCAGUAGGGCUAAAUUACGUAGUAUUACAUUGGUGUGUGUUUCUAUAGAAAUUGUUUGAGAAAUCAUCAUCAUAAUAAAACAUCUAUUAUAAUGAAA